AUUCUUUCGAAUCGAUCAUAGAAAUUAUGUAUGCUAUGGAAUCGAUCCACGCUCGAUUAUUUUCAUAAUUUUCAUUCACUGCCGUGCAAUCUCGAAUUUCUUGAAGCAGAGCAGUUCGCUGCUUCUCGUGAUUGUUGCUUCAGUCUUAGAAUAGUUCACAAGAAUGAGUAAACAUCAUACACAUGAGAUAAGUGAGCAUCCUGAAGUUCAAUGGGCUCUGGACUUGCUUAAACCAGAUCCCACUUAUGAGCUCGGUGUAAUGCAGAAAUAUGCUGGAGAAGUAGUAUGUAUGGCAAGUGGUUUUGCAAUACCAUGUAUAGCAAAUUGGUUUAGACGCAGGCCGUUUUAUGCGGGAAUACAAGUACAUCUUACAUCAAUGGCAGUAGGAUAUGUUGUAUCACAAAUUCUUAAGAAAAUUGUUGAUGAUUAUCAGGCAGAACGUGAUACUAGAUUAAGAGAUUAUAUUAUACGACAUCCAGAGCUAUUUCCUGAACCAGUACGUGUGAAAUACAGCGAAGUUUUUCAGGAGUGGUGUCCAAUUCGUUAGGUAAUUAUUACAAUAUAUUAGAAGUGCUGCAUCUUGAUUAUGUAUUCUUUCAUGCAGAUAGACAGUGCAGUUCAAUGCAAUAAAUAUAGAUAUAUUGUGUGUAUGUACAUAUUAAUAAAAUUUAUAAAAUAUAUAUAAAAUAUAUUGUGUAUUAUGACAAUAGUAAUAAAAAAAAUAAAAAUAAAAAAAGCAGGAUAAA